GUGAUGCGCAACUAUGUCUGCCCUGUUACAGAUUACAGGAAGUUGGUGAAAUGGACCCCGUGAUAUUAUAAAUGUGAACCCCGAGAAUCGUCCUUUUCUACAUUGGACGGCCAUUCGUGUAAACGAUGCCUCUUGCUAAAGACUUAUUGCACCCCUCCAUGGAGGAGGAGAGGAGGAAAAACAAAUUAAAGAGAUUGGUCCAGAGUCCAAACAGCUACUUCAUGGAUGUGAAAUGUCCAGGCUGCUACAAAAUCACCACAGUGUUUAGCCAUGCCCAGACCGUCGUGUUGUGCGUCGGAUGCUCCACAGUUCUGUGUCAGCCCACAGGAGGAAAAUGCCGGUUAACAGAAGGAUGUUCUUUCCGGAGGAAGCAACACUAAUUUGAUAUAUUUAUGUGUGCAAGAGGAAUUCCGUGCGAGGCUGUUACAGUGGAGACGGUGAUUUUGGUUUUGGUGAAUACUGGCAAAUUGUGAUUGACAGCAGAGGGCAACACAUAGACCAUGCUCUGGAUCUUUGGAAUGCUUGACGACGUUGUCAUUUCUUCAUCUGUAAAUCGUCAUCCUGCUUGAUUUUAUCAUAUACAUGAGAGUUAAACUCUUGGUUCUAUCAUAUAAAUAAUGGGGGGAAUUUUCUCUUGAUACAAUAAUUUGUAGUGAAGUACACAAAUCCUGAUUAAGAACUUAAAAAACAGCGUUAAAGAUCUGCUGGGCAGUAAUUAAUGGAUGUAAGUAAACAAGAUUCAUCAUACUUUCUGUGUCUGCCAUUAUGCUAAUAAAACUUUGGGUAUUCACUAACACCAA